CUAUGGGGUGCGAGGAGGUGUGGGGGGUGCAGUGCACGCUGAUAAAGGGGUGCAGAGCAGGCUGCUGUGGGGUACAAGAGGAUGCAGUGGGUGCAGUGCACACUACUAUAAGGGUGCAGGGCUAAGGGGUGCCAAGGGAUGCAGUGAUGCUGCUAUGGGGUACAAGGGGAUGCAGUGCUGUUGUUAUGGGGGUGCAGUGCACGCUGAUAAGGGGGUGCAGAGCAGACUGCUAUGGGGUACAAAAAGAUGCAGUGCUGCUGUUAUGGGGUGCAGUGCACGCUGAUAACGGGGUGCAGUUCACGCUGCUAUGGGGUACAAGGGGUGCAGUUGAUGCUGCUAUAGGGGUGCAGUGAGUGCAGCGGAUGCAGCAGGGCGUUGCAGCAAGCGCUUUGCCCCCAUUAGCACCAACGCUGGGUGUGGGGCUGGGGGGUCAUAGGGCAGCGGUGCCCCCUAAUUAACAGCGCUUGUUAAUGAAGCCCGAGGGGGUCCCCGCUGUCCCCAGCGCUGUCACAGCACAGGAGCGGCCCCGAGGGCUCUUCUCCCCGGUGACAAGUGACGCAAGCACAGCCCCGGCCGCCUAUUGGUGGAGGGGCCGGCACCCGGUAGCACCGCGGGGUCCCAUAGCGAUGGGUGCUGAGGCCGUGCUGGUGGCCGCAGUGUGGCUCUGGGUGGCCCUGGGGGCUGCGGGCACCGAUGAGCCCCAGGUCCUGUCCGAGGUCCUCUUCUGCCAACCGGAUGAGCCCUCGCUGGAGCUGGCAGUGACCCUGGGCACGGACCAGCUCUUCUGGUUCAACUUCUCGGGCUCAUCCUGGAUCCAGCUCAGUCCAGAGCUGCCACCGGAGCCGCCGGAGCUGGAGCCACCGGAGCUGGUCCUGAAGGAUGCGGAGUUCUGCCAGCGCCUGCUUGUCUUCCUCACCAACAUCACCAGUGGGCAACUGGCUCAGGCCAGGGGGAUCCCGGUGGCCAAACUCUUCCCAUCUCAACCCUUGGCCUUGGGCAAGCCCAACACCUUGGUGUGCCUGGUGGAGAACAUCUCCCCCCCUGCAGUGAACAUCACCUGGAGGGCGGACGACGUCCCCGUCACCAACGGCAUCACCCACAGCGGCUACACCGCGACGGAUGGUGUCACCUUCACCCGCUUCUCCUACCUCCGGGUCACCCCCAGCGCUGGCACCACCUACAGCUGCACCGUCACCAGCCCCGGCCUCAACAGCUCCACCAUAGCCUAUUGGGUGGCGCAGGAGACAGAGGACACCGAGACGUUGUGGAUGGCGCUGUGCGGUGCUGCCAUGGCCUUGGGCACGGCCUUGGCGCUGAUGGGCAUUGCCAUGCUGGUGGCAGCGUGGCGGAGCAGGAGGGGAGGGUGACAGCCGUCACCUUGUGCCAUGGACACAACCCCCUUUGGUGGCGGUGGUGGCUCCGGUUGUCUCCAUUCAGCAUUAAACCCCUUUUGUCUAUG